CUGACUUCUUGCUCGAAGCGCAGCGUGUCGAUUAUAUGAUUCUGCAGAUCUCAGCUACACCCUCCUAUUCUGUAAAGUAGCUAUAAUAUUGAAUACCAGCAUUAGAGUACUCUUUAUGUUUCCCAAAUUCCUUCUCCCACCAAACGUGUUCCGUUCGCGACAACGCAAUGUGGGGUGCUCUGCCGGACCCUCUACCAGAACCUCGCCCAUGGAUGGGAGCUGCCAGAAAUACCUGUGCGGCCAGGUGUCAUAUAUUCAGUGUUCUCGUUGCGCAACGGAUUUAUGUUUGACGUCCCAAAUCAUCAGCAAAGGGUUCACUGGUCGCCAUGGUCGCGCGUAUCUUGUGUCAGCAGAACCUAUCGCCUGUGCGGUUUCCAUCAGUGCAACUUCCUCACCCACAGAAUCACUUCCAAACACCAUAAUGCAGAAACCCGUGUCGCGUCAGCUGGUCACAGGUGCCCAUACAGUCAGUGAUAUCAGUUGUGCUUUCUGUGGGAAUAUUCUUGGAUGGAAAUAUGUUGCCGCUGAAGAAGAGGCGCAACGUUACAAGGUUGGCAAAUUCAUUUUAGAAACCAAGCGGACUAUGACGUCCUCCUCAUGGGAGUCGGCUUCAUAUGCCGAGUCUUUUGCGUUGUGUGGGCCAAUGACUUCUGCAAAAAUGGAUGUUGAUACAACCGGCGAUCGAGUGGAGUUCGAUAGUCAGGACGAAGAUGAAUGCGAAGACCUGUUUGCUGGUGUUUGGAGCCCUGGACUGGCUGUACGGCGACGAAACCGCAAAUUGGAUCGUCAUACCUCGAUUUUUGGCCUUACGCCCUGAAGCACUGUUACGCACACACCCCUCUCUCUCUCCCCCCCCUCCCCUCUUUCCCAGCAAUCGCGGCAUCUUGAUACCCUGCUACUCAUGUUACCUUUUAUGACCGAUAUCUGCGCAGGUGACCCUGCAAAGGGUUUCUUAAUCCUAAUGUUCAAGCUACAACGAUUCCAAGUGCAUUCCCAUGGUUCCCAUAAGUUUGAAAAUCUGCUGGACUGGGUAUCUGCUUUUUUGCCCCAAGUAAUUAGUCCUUGCAAAUUUUUGUGGUAUAGAGCCAAUUCGUUAUGUGUCAACGCCGACAGAAGCGAAUGAGAAAG